GGAGGAGGAGCCCCUCGGCGUGCAGGCCCCCAGGCACAUGACUUGUGUCCCAAUGUCCACCACUGGUGUUAGUGUUGAAGUGAGGCAUCGAGACAGUUGCUGUGGUCAGUACUUGUUCCGUCCCUGCUGCCGCUGACUUCAGGACUCCUUGGUGCAUCCCUCGCCUUGCCUGCUCAAUUGGUCACUGAGUGUGGCUUUGAAGCAACCUCGCCGCCUUCUCCAGCAUCUCUGAGGUUCCUCAAGGCCAGCCAACUCCUCACAUCCAGAGUAGUGUUGCAGUGGAGGCUGCAAGGCGGGACAGCAGCUGGAGUGGCUGGGAUCAGCAGGAGCAGACUGCUACUGGUGUGAGGUUCAGGAGUGAUAAAAAACACCACCAACACAACCACCACCAACAACAACAACUGCUGGCCUCUUCAUCCACAAAGGGGGAAGUUUGAAUUUCAGAAGUGUGAGAAGAUCUGAGAAUGAGAGCAAGUUUACUGACCAAAGCCAAGAGUGUGAGAAAAGACAUGCAGGGAAGGAUGACCUCAACAAAUACACCCACACACUCUGGUGUAAGACCUCAUGAAAGUCGGGAGUGUGGCAAAAGGUUUAGUAAUAGGAGUAACCCCAAACAUCACACCCUUACACACACUGGUGCAAGAAACCAUGAGUGUGAAGUUUGUGGGAAAUGUUUCAGUCAGAAGGGUACCCUCAACACACACACCCUUACACACACUGGUGAAAGAAAUCAUGAGUGUGAAGUUUGUGGGAAAUGUUUCAGUCACAAGGGUAAACUCAAAUUACACACUCUUACACACACUGGUGAAAGAAAUCAAGAGUGUGAAGUUUGUGGGAAAUGUUUCAGUCUGAAGGAUACCCUCAAGAAACACACCCUUACACACACUGGUGAAAGAAAUCAUGAGUGUGAAGUUUGUGGAAAAUGUUUCAGUCGGAAGAGUAAACUCAAUAGACACACCCUUACACACACUGGUGAAAGAAAUCAUGAGUGUGAAGUUUGUGGAAAAUGUUUCAGUCAGAAGAGUACCCUCAAAUUACACACUCUUACACACACUGGUGAAAGAAAUCAUGAGUGUGAAGUUUGUGGAAAAUGUUUCAGUCAGAAGAGUACCCUCAAAUUACACACUCUUACACACACUGGUGAAAGAAAUCAUGAGUGUGAAGUUUGUGGGAAAUGUUUCAGUCUGAAGGUAACCCUCAAGAAACACACCCUUACACACACUGGUGAAAGAAAUCAUGAGUGUGAAGUUUGUGGAAAAUGUUUCAGUCAGAAGAGUAACCUCAAAUUACACACUCUUACACACACUGGUGAAAGAAAUCAUGAGUGUGAAAUCUGUGGAAAAUGUUUCACUGAGAAGGGUACCCUCAAGAAACACACCCUUACACACACUGGUGAAAAAAAUUAUAAGUGUGAAGUUUGUGGAAAAUGUUUCAGUCGGAAGGGUACCCUCAAAUUACACCUUGUUACACACACUGAUGCAAGAAGUCAUGAGUGUGAAGUUUGUGGGAAAAGGUUCAAACUGAAGAGUAUAUUGGACAGGCACGUCUUCAGACACUCUGGUCAUAAAGGGUUCAAGUGCGAUGUUUGUGGGAAACGUUUCAUGACUAAGGGUGAUAUUGUCAGGCACAUGAAGGUCCACUUCUCCUGAGGUGCUGUGCUGAUUCAGUUCUGCUGUGUGUGUGAGUGCAAGUGUUUGUUGUGGUGGUGUUACAGGGCUGUGUGUAGCACAGAGAACAGAAAAUAUUCAUCUGUUGGAACAAAUGGUGACUGUGACGGCAUGAUCUGUUAUUCACUUUCCACCCCAGGCUUCAUGUGGUUGGUGGGUCCUGUGAAAGGUCUGAUCUUUUUGGUGACUGUGCUGGGCUGGCUGUUGUGGCCUGGGCUUAUUGGUCAAGUGUGUGUGUGUUAAUAGUAAUAAUAUAGUGUAUUUGGUCUUACCA